AUGACAAUGCGCCCAGUAAAGUUGGUGAUCGUCGGCGACGGAGCCGUCGGGAAGACAUGCAUGCUGAUCUCGUAUACCACAAACGCCUUUCCAAACGAGUAUAUUCCAACCGUCUUUGAAAAUUAUAACACGUCGUUGGUUGUUGAUAACCAGAAGAUUAAUUUGGGGUUGUGGGAUACUGCCGGACAAGAGGAUUAUGAUAGAUUAAGACCAUUGAGUUACCCCUCCACUGAUGUCUUCUUAUUGUGUUUCUCAGUCAUUGCUCCAGCCUCAUACGAUAACGCGCAAGUCAAGUGGAAGAAUGAAGUCGAAGAACACUGCAAGGGAGUCCCAAUUAUAUUAGUUGGAACGAAAAUAGAUAUCAGAGACGACCCAGAACAAAUGAAAAAACUCACCGAGAAAGGAAUCACCCCGAAAACAGAGGCCGAUGGACAAAAACUUGCACAGGAAAUCGGUGCAGUUAAAUACAUCGAAUGCUCCGCACUCACCCAACAAAAUCUUAAACUGGUCUUCGAAGAAGCAGUCAGAGCCGUUCUCUCAAAGACUCCAGCAGACGCGGGAAAGAAGGGAGGAAAGGGCGGAAAAGGAAAGUGCGCCAUGUUCUAA